UAUCCGCACUAGGGAAUGUAAGUCGGCGCCGGGCCCUGUACUCGGCAUGGCGGCCUCGUGUCUGCUGCGGGGGUCGUCGUCUCUGCGUGGCGAGGGCCUUGGCAACGAUCAGGAGCUGGACAACUGUGACACAAUCCUGCGAUGCAUAGCGGAGGACUUGCGGGAGAGGCUGCCACCCUCGGCCCUGCUUCCUGGAGAGCAGCUCGUCCCAAUGUCAUCCAGGAAUCCCGGCUCUCUCCGUUGCGCGGACACACCCAGCGGGGUCGUCGUAUCGAGUCCAGAGGAGCGAGCGCCCGUGGCACAUGUGGACGCAUUUGUGUACGAUGAACAAGCCCUGGAGGAGGCGUGGGCAAGCGGGACCCUAAGCCGAGCUUAUUGCAUGGACUGCGGCUCUCAUCGCACCAAACCCCUGGAAUUCAUCUCACACUCCUUCUCAGCACUGGAGGUGAAGUUCUUGUUCCGUUACGCGCUUCCAGACCUGAGCACAUGCACAGUGCUGGACGUGGGAUCACGCCUGGGCCCUGUGCUUUAUGGGGCCUACCUGUACAGCUCUGCAAGGCGCAUUGUGGGCGUGGAGCUCAGUGGAGAGAUGUGCGCCCUGCAGCAGGCCAUGCUGGAAAAGUACCACAUGGCAGACCGGGUUGAGGUGGUGUGUGCAGACAUCUGCACGCAGGGAGAUCUGUUGGGCACGGCAGAUGUGGUGGUUAUGAACAACGUGUUUGAGUACUUCAUGGACCCAGAGAGCCAAGCCAGGUGCUGGCACUUUGUGCGGGAACACGUGAGGAAACCAGGCUGCCUUCUGCUCACUGUGCCCAGCUUGGAGGAGUCGCUUGGCCGCUUGCAGGUGGGUGUUAAUGUGAGUGAGUGGGUGUGCGAAGUCCCACUCGACUACAGCGUUUAUCUGGGAGAAGGCAUGGACCACGAGGCACUGGAAAGCAUCCACCUUUACCGUGUGCUCUGAGCACACAACAUCACAUGCAGAUGAAGACUGCCACCAACUUCCUGCAAUUCCACAUAUUUUCAAUACAUAUGUAAAAUAUACCUUUGCAAAUGAUGGGACUAACAGGAUUUUCACGUAAGUUUGAAUUUGCUGGACAUUACAUUGCAGGAGUUUGAGAGAGAAAAAUGGUAGGUCACUUUGUGACCUCCAGGAAAGCUUGGCUAUGUAUAUUGACGUGAAUGUAUUAUUGUGCUAUAAAGAAUAAAACACUUUCAGACGGUGUUCAUUUGUAUUCCAACUUCCAGAUGAAUUGUAUGCGAUUGCUCCACUGCCAGGCCAGCAUGACAAACUUGUAAUAGCAACGUUUACCUCAUUGGCAGUCCCAUAUUCUACAUGGAAUAAUAUUUCAAGAUAAACAUUUCAGUUCGUCACAAUGACAUAAUAAAAAUUGGGGCAUUGUUUUAAGAAUAAAACCACAAGUACAAGAAUAACAACGCUCUCCAACGUAAACACAGCACACUUUGCAUGUAAUUUAAUUUGUUCACUCAGGAAAAACAUUUGUGUACACAAAGCUGUUCCCUUUUUUUCUAAUUGCAUCACUAGUCUUUGCACUAAGGCUUUGCACAUGGCAUUAUGUGCACUACACCAGCAGGGCUGCUACACAAACCAGAUGUGUUCUAAAAACCGGAAUUGAAAGCACAAGGGCUACAUCUUGCUUAAAUGCCAUAAAAACCCCAUCCCAUUAACUGCAUACUUUUUGAUGGAGAUAAUCCCAUGGGAUAAUUACAAAUGGACUCAACCUGUCUUUUUGUUGUAUAUAAUUUGACAUGACAUAUGGACAGCGUUAUACGAGUUUAAUUCCUGAUUACCACGGUAUGUUGUAAUUCUGUUGGCAUAGAAUUGCAAUGUUUUUAAAACUCUAGUCCCUUGCCAAUCGAGCAGCAACAGAAUUAGCAACGCAAAGCAAGGACAGUGCAUUACAGUACUUUUUUUUCUUCCUUAAAGCAAAUCGAAAGUGUUCAUGGCUAGUUGGGGUGGACGUUUUAUAUAGUGUUAAGAGACUGGAUGAAAACCACAUCAGAUGGGCUCAAUUUUUUUAAGUGCUUUCACUCUCUGCCGAGUGCUGCCCUUUCAACGUGCGUUCAACUCUCACCUCGUGUAUCCAAGGAUACAUUUACACUUAAUUUUUUCCAUCUUUGACAAAGUGCAGCACUAUGCAGUCGGGAACAGGUUACCACUUUCAGUUAAUGCAAUAAAUGUUCUGUAAAAUUGAGUGGUUGAUUAAUGUAUUGACCAGGAUUAGUGACGAGCAAUUCAAAUUGCUCACUGCCCACU